CACUUGAACUUAACGGAUUGCAAUGCUCGGAUGCAUUUUUGUAUACAAUUUGUAUUAAACAGUUAUUAAAAACAAAAAAAUGGAGCGUUGUUGGAAAAGUGAAAAUAAACCGAUUUUAGCGAAGAGUGAUUUGCAUUCCGGCGAAUCAAAUGAGAGGGAAACCAUUAUAUUAAGCAACUGUGAAUUAGAACAAAGUGAUAUUGAUGUGAUAACGCAACAUUUUGCUUAUGCAACGUAUUUGGAUUUGUCAUAUAAUGAGAAAAUAGCAUCCAUUAAAUUCCUACUGACCCCUACAACGCUGUACCUUAAGGACUGCACGAGUUGGCAUGAAAUAAAGUACAGCUUCAGUACUUGCAUGCUGAAAAUUCUAGAUAUAUCAGGCUGUCCUAUUGACUACCAGGAACACUUCGCGAACUAUGACUUUCCGACGUUAGAAAGUCUCACGCUCAACUGGCAACCGAAAGUGGAUUGGCAAAAGCUGCUAGGAAAACUGAAGGCGUUGAACAAUCUAAAGCUUGAAAACGUUAGCAGUCAAACUAUACAACUCACAAGCGCAAAAGAAAACCCACAAAGCUUCGAAACAUUGCUACUGGUGCUGUCCGAUAUUAUAAACGAACGCGGUCAAUAUUUAAACAGAUUGCAUAACUUACAAAACUUGGACACGCUCUAUCUGGAGCACGUCAACAAUGUUACAGACGUUGAUUUGUUAAACUUGAUAAAAAGUUGCGCGAACUUGUCAAAAAUAACUUUGGAUUAUUGUGAUGGCGUAACGAAGAAUUUCAUAUUCAGCACAGCUGAGUUCUUGCGCGAACGUGAUAAAGAUGAACCACUAAAGGCCCGCCUCAAUCUGGAGAUGUGUGGCUGUGCUGGCAUUACAGAUGAUAUACAAGAGCACCCUCUAUAUGCGAAAGCUGAAUCCGCUUUGAGCUUAAUAUUAUUCUUCGAGUGCAAACAUCCAACGACUAGCUACAGAAAUGACCUCAUCAUACUCUACGUACUCUUCGAAAUCUACAAGAAGCUCGUAAAUCAACCGGUUGCACAGCGAUUCGCCACCGUUUGUGAAGAUUUCGAAAACGCAGCUAUCGAAGAGGAGCGACAUCUAAAAAUAAUCGCUUGUCGCAAAGCGAAAAUCGUACACAAUGACAUCUAUGAUGCUUACUUGGAGAUUACGUCUGAAAGGAAAGACUUUUUCAACAAGCUAUGCUGUGAAAAUGCUACAAAAAUGGUGCUCAUUAAUCGUGUAAUCGUCUUUGACACGAUACUUGAUGAUUUUCCAAAACUGAAGCGCUUAAGGCUGCUAAAUUGCUUUAUCGAUGAAGAGAAGUUUCCUAGGGAUAAGCAAUAUAAUAAUAUCAGCGAUUUGGAAAUAUUGGGUGCGAAUGCUUUUCGACUGUGGCAAAGCAUAGCGAUACUUUUUCCGAAUGUCGGAACAGUUCACCUAAUGGAUGCCGCACUCGAAAGCCCUUUGGAGAUAGCAAUGUUUAGAAUACCACGUUUUAAAGACAGCACAGUCUUCCAAAAUAUCACGAAGUUCUCUGUGAUUGGCAGUAUUUUGUGUGAUGAGGGCGUGGAGUUCCUAGCUAAUCUAACACAUCUGAAAAAUCUCUCUAUUGUCCGAAACUCAAAAGUAACAGGCAAACAUAUCGCCGAGCUCAGCAGCAUCGAGGAGCUCCAACUGAGUUACUGUGAGAAUGUGAGCCACUACUACUUAGCAGACAUCCUGAGCUCUUUAUCACUACGGUCACUUGACUUGCGUCACAGUACAUUCAGUGAUGUAUCUAUGCACCUCACGAAUCUCAUGUGGUUGAGUUGUGAAACGCUCGUUACACUCAAAAUCGACUGGAAGCUAGAACAUACCAUUACGGCAUUACAAACGCUGCAAGCAUUAAAGGAUAUUGAAGUGCGAAAUUUCAAUACAAAUGCUUGUGCGAUUUGUAUGCGUGACGAACUGUUAAGGGUUCAAGAUCAGAACUUACAAAUUCACUCGCCACACUGCGCAUGUGCUGAAGAUAUCCAAUCACGUUUAAUACCACGCUUUUUUCGCACGCUCAUCGCGCGUACUAACAUCACAAAGCUGACACUCGAUGCUGAAGUUUUGUGUAGAAAUCUCAAUUACUUGCACCACCUGCGACACCUAACGCACCUCAGCAUUAUUGCGAAGAAAGCCGGGCUGGAUGGUUUUUGCAUACCAACGAAUUUCUCACAAGCCGUUGGACAGCUUGUGAACUUGGAGUAUUUGUACUUAGCGAGGUUUUUCUACUGCUACGACGACGUAAUUUACAUCGUCGGUAGAUGUCGCAAACUAAACGAGGUUAGAUUAAAGCAGUGUGUUGGGUUCUCGGAUGUGGUGCCCUAUGAUCUAGUCGAAGUACUGAAGCACAAGCGCACUAAGGAUCAACUGCCGUUCAGAUUAUAUAUGCUUAACUUGAUGGUCGAGUCCAGCGAAACGUGCAGAGCGCUCGAGGGACAGCAAUCAGGAAGGUAA